ACACUUUAUAAAAGUAAAAAUGGACACACAACAUACUUGAAAUGUCCCUCUGUAGACUAUUUAGAUCGCAAAAUAUUGGCCUAUCGAUUCCUAGGCGCGGAAUCGAUGAACUCUGGAAGGGAGGAUAUUUGGAUCCAAAUACGCCUUUUCGCGUAAAAGAAAAGCUUUCGGUGACCGGUUAUGCGUGGCCUUCCUACUUGCUUCGGUUAAAGAGUUUUGAAGACCUUCGCAGUUUAUACUUUGCUUGCCUCAAAGAGAAGAACCUUUUGCUAGGAGAAAGAUGGGCUGCUCUUCAGCAUGGAGUAAAACCACCAAAAUAUGGGCGUUUAAAAAAGGUCAAGCUGACGAUGAAGAGAAUAUUAGGAGUAGUUACUCGCCGAGAAAUCCAUCAGCAGUGUAUAAGAGCCAAGGAAAUUCUGAAAGCGCAACAAGAGAAGGAAAAAUAUGAAACUAGAGCGUUCCAACUGAAAGAACUGAGAAACGAACUUCAGUACAAAGUCAAGAGGAUGGGAACUAGCGAAUCUCUUGCCAAGGUCGGCUGGAUAAAUACACUUUCACGCAUAGAUGCUGAGCUAGAGGAUAUAGAGCUAAAAUUGCAACCUCUUAGAAAGGAGACCUUGCAACUUAGAACACCAGACUGGAGAUUUGAGAAAAAAUAUUCGGACUUACCCGGACGGAUUACUUGGAACAAAGACUAUAUCCCUGCCAUUAGACGUAAUUUACGUAGACCAUUUAAAUUUUACUAGC